UCGAUUUUUCUUUGUUAAUUAAUUGUACACAAUUAAAGUGAUUUAGGUGAUUGGCUUGUUGAUUGUCCUCUGGACUAUUCUCUUGAUUAAAUUGUUCACAACAAUUGGAUUGAUUCUUUACUUUAUCUUCACCAUUUUCAACUCAAAGUGUUUCUACCGGAUCUGACAUUUGGGUUGAUUUGAGUUUCCAUUUCUCAUUGGUUAAUGUUGUUAAUUAUGCUGAUCAAUAUUGUCAUUUAUCUUAUGGAAUUUUAAUUCUACGCUCUUGAUUUAAUCUUUUAUGAAUCUUUUUUUACACCAAGGAACAUGUUCUACAACCUUUGUCCAAAUGGUAAACUUAGUUUACAAAGCUUCAUCUAUUCAUUAAGUGUUUUUCCUGUCAUCUUAUUACUCUUCUCAAUAUCAACCUUUAAUGAUUUAUUUAAUCAAUUAUGGGCCAUCCCUUAUGUGGCAUUAAUCAUAAUAGUACAACUAAUUUGUUACUUCAUUUAUUCCCAAGUAAACUAUGAUUACCAAAUAAUUUGGCGGUCAACUUUACUUGGAUCUAUUUUCGGCCUAAGUUUGGCUUAUUGUUCAAUUGUUCCAAUUCAUUGGAUUCCAUUUUUUCUAUUUCUGACCAUUGUCAGCUUAUUCCAUUUCUCUGAGUACUUAGCCAUAGCAAUAACUAAACCCAAUUCGGUUAAGAUUGAAUCUUUCAUGUUAAAUCACAGUGUUGCCUAUCAUACAGCCAUGAUAACUGCAGUCGGCGAAUAUUUCAUUGAACUUCAUUUCUCAACUUCUAUCAAGUCUAAUAUUUACAUUAUGAUUGUCGGAUUGGUUAUGUGUUUAGUUGGCGAUGCUCUUCGUAAAUUGGCCAUUCUGACCGCAAGAACAAACUUUGAUCACACAAUUCAAACAAGAAGAUCAAGAGAUCACGUUCUGGUUACUCACGGUGUUUACUCUUGGUCUCGACAUCCAGCUUAUGUUGGAUGGUUUUGGUGGGCUAUUGGAACUCAGGUUUUAUUGGCCAAUCCAGUUUGCCUUGUUGUUUACAUCGUUGUUACUUGGAAAUUUUUUUAUGAACGAAUUCGUGAUGAGGAAAUGUUGCUGGUAGACUUUUUUGGACUAGAAUAUAUCGAAUACCAAAGAAAAGUACCCACUCGACUUCCAUUCAUUUCUGGAUACCCAUUUGGUGAAUGAAAUUAAACCAAAAAAUAAGAUGCCAAUCAAAACCUACAAUUACAAACAUAUCAUUAACUCAGACUCAUCACUCAAGUCAUCAAACAUCAAUAGUACAUCAAUUUAUUUCUCAAUCAAAUUGACUAACACAAAUGAAAAUCAUCAGUAUGGAAAAGAAAUCAAAAUCAUCAAUCGAUGAGAGAGAGACUGAUAAUUGAAAACAUAAAAUUGAUCUAUUAUAUAUAUAAAAGUGAGAAACAAGUUUUCGCAACUUAUAUUAUUAAUACUUUCUCAAAAUAGAUCUUAAUUAGAUAACUAAAUAAACUUAAAUAGCGAUUGUUAA